UAUAAGCCUCCCCCGCCGCCGGCAGUGAGUUGCCUUCGCGCACAGCCUCCACCCCGCCGCCGCCGCCGCCUCCGCUUUACCCCUGACGCUGCAACCGCUACCGUCGCCAUGGACCCGGUCAAGCGGGCGGAACUUAGGGCGCGGCUUGAGGAGCUCAAGGCGGAGAUGAAGGAAAAAUCUCUCCCCGGCGCCAGGGUCACCAAUGGUGUCCCCUCCGACAUCCGCGCUUUUCUCGCGGAGGUGGCGAAGAAGCAAAGGGCGGCGCUGCGGGAGGCGUACAGCAACCGCGAACCACUCAUCCUCCGUCUCAACUCCCGGCAAGACCCGUGCGCAUCACCACCAGCUUUCUCUGAAGAUGGAGAGGGAAAGGAAGCAUAAGAACUACUUGUCCAUGAGGAUAAAGGCCUAGGUCAGGACUGCGAUGCAAUGCCUAGCAUAGUGUGGAAGUAUUUUGUGUUUGCUCUGUUACCUGAAAUGCCUAGAUUGGUGUAAGUGGCAUAUUCUAUUUUGUAUUUGCUCUGUAUACCUCAAGGCUGGCAGCACCCGAUACUUUCCCGCAUCAGAGGAUGUAUGUACGUUUAACUUGCAAGGCUCGUUGAUCACUGAAAUGAAGCUCCUGAAUGCAGCUCUAAUUUAUAAGCUCCUGAAUUCUCGUA